GGGAAAAUUAACGUAGAAGAAGAAGAGGAAACCGGAAGAACAUGCAGAGUUGACAACCCGUGGAGGACAGAAAACAUUAACCACGACUGUGGGCGAGAAUCACAUGUAAACAACAAACUUGGACCUCCAGUCAGAAGAGACGAGUCAGCACCAUGUCGAAGAAGAAAGCCUUAGUUAAAGGUGGCGCUCCAAUCCAGAGGAUUCGAGAAAACUCCAGACUUAUGCACACACAUGAAUCAAUGGUAGAUUACUUAAAUGGGCGUCAGUCAUCAUAUUCCUUCCUGGAUGUCCUUGCACCAGCCCUUUUCGGUUACAAUUUUGGAAGGCCCUUCGAGGAUGACCUCAUAUAUUCAGACGACGACGACGAUGACGAUUACAGUUACAAUUUUCCACACACUGCUCCUAAAAAGUCUUUAGAGCCGCAUCCAAAAAUAAAACAACUCACCGAGGAGGAGGCGGAUAAAAUUGCACAGGAAUUGAUAGAAGAAGAGGAGCGGACGAAGGGGAAGACGCAAAAGAACAAGCGCAAAAAAAUGCGUAAAAAAGAGAAGAAACGAUUAGAAAAGGAGAAUGCGGUCAAAGAAAUUUUAGCUGAGGAAGAGGAAGGAAAGUCGGACUCCUCAGAAAGUCUGGAAGGAAACGCUAUAAUUAAAAGUGUUGUAGGAGGCAGUGAAUCUUCUCUAUCUGGUAAAUCUCAAAACGCACCUACGGCGGCCGGAUGCGACGAGAACGGUGAUAAUUCUAAAGAAACGAAUCCUGUCAAGAAAAAAGACGAGGAGCAAACGAAUCUGGAAUUAAAUUAUUCAUAUCCUCCUCCUGCUAAAUCGGUGCCCGAGGCGACGUGUAACAAGAAGCCGACAAAAGACAGAAAAAAGGAGAAAAGUAAAUCGCCCCACGUUCGGCAGCCCGCGGAGGGAAAGCCGGAAGCUGCCGAGAAACCGAAGGAGGAACAGAUAAAAAUUGCAGAGAAGACGGAGAAGAAAAAAACAGAAGUUAAAGAGAAACCAGAGGAGGAAAAGCCAAAAAUUGCUGAGGCACCUGAAGUUCGAAAGAAACCGGAAGCAAGUAAAGAGAAAACAAUGGAUUCGGUUGCAGAGGAGUUUGCGAAACGAAGCAUCGAACUUGCCAGUUUGGGGAAUCGUUUGGCCUCCGCUGGACAGUUUGAGAUGGCGGUGGGAUGCUUUACAGACGCCAUCAAAUACAACCCAAAGGAAUAUAAGCUGUUUGGAAACCGGUCUCUGUGUUAUGAGAGGCUGCUGCAGUAUGAAAACGCUCUCAGAGACGCCGACGUCGCUCUCACCAUGGAACCGAAUUGGAUCAAAGGUUUAUUCCGGAAAGGGAAGGCUCUGUGUGGCCUCAAGAGAUACUACGAAGCCUCGCUCAUCUACAAGGAGGUGCUGAGGCUGGAAAGUACGAGCGCAGAAGCUGCACAGGAGCUGAAACGAGCGCAGACUUUACAUCUCAUGGAAAUGGGCUUCAACUGGGCGCAGAGCUCGGAGGCCUUGAAAACUCACGCCACGUUAGAGGAGGCUGUGGAGGCUCUGUUCGCUGCCGACGGCAACAGGAGGUUUCCAGACGCCGGCGCCAGUGGUGACGUCACGGAGCAGCCGGCGGCGCAGGAAGAGGACGGUGAGGACAACGACGAGGGAGAGUGGAUCGUCCUGCAGCCGAGUCGUUCUCGAACGCAUCAGGUCAGAGAGUCGGACGCUUCGGGUCAGAGUAGAUCCAAGUCUCGGUCUCCGACUCCACUCUCCAGGAACGCUGCAAAACCGCCUCUUUUCCCUGUUUGGGUCGGAUCCUUGAAUCCGGCCGUCACCUACGUGAAACUGCACGAGAUCUUCAGCAGGACGGGGACGGUCUACAGCAUCAAGAUGCUACUGGAGCAAGAAUGUGCCUUCGUGAACUACCUCCGAAAGGAAGACAGCGACAGAGCCAUCCAGUGUCUGGAUGGAAUGGUGGUGGAGGGCUCUCCGCUCUCUGUGCGAUAUCCUUUCAAAGUCCACCCUGAACUCGGCGUGUCCAAACUGGCCCCCACCGACCCCUUCCAACGCACCACAAAGAAGGAGUGCUUUUUCUGGAGGACGACCGGGUGCACGAGGCAGGACUGCACCUUCAAACACAUCCCGGAGCACAAGAACAUCGACAAGGAAAGAUUCACCAGUCGUCUGGGAUGUGGAGGAUACCGGAAAUAGCGAGAGAGAGAAAAGGCGAGAAUGCUGGAAAAAAUAAAAAUAAAAGGAAUUCUGUUUUAUAUUUUGGUUUGCAACGUGAUACGUGUCACGGUUGAAUAAAUGCAAAGGACACACUAUACUACAUUAUGCUCCUGUACUAUGGUAAUAGUCUGUGUGCCUUUUUAUAGUUUAAAUUUACAAUAUGUGCCUCAAGCUUUGAGCUUUCCUUGGGAUAAGUAUUUCGUCAGGGAUUAUUAGUGAUGGUUUUUAAGUCGUUUUAAAAACUUGAUUUCUUCUGUUCGUUUAACCGUCACCACCAGGUGGCGCCGCUACACUUAUCCCUCAACGUUUAGGGCUGCAAAGCUUUCAUUUUAAAGGCCGCCAUUCAUCUGUAGUUACUGUUCCAGCACAUUCACUGUGUCCUGUUUACAUUCGACAAAGUUCUCUCCACUCAUAUCUCCGGGAUUCUUUUUUUUGUGAUCCGUUCUGUAGUUGUGUUCAAACUGUGUAGAAGGACUUGAAAAUUAAUCUCUACAGGAAAAAAAAAAUAAAGUCAGAUUUGUGAUGACCUGCUGAA